GGGGACUAUUGCGAAGCAGAGUAUACCGUAUCCACGGAGGAUGGGAAUGUGGUGGACAGCUCCAGGGAGGCCGGCGCCCAGGCGUGCUUCAUCCUCGGCAGCAGCCACGUCGUGGCCGGGUUUCACCAGGCUGUUGGAGGCCUGGCCGUGGGCGAGAGCCGCAAGCACCGCGUGUCAGCAGAGGAUGCAUAUGGCGAGCCGAACGAGGAGAUGAUUGCUGAGCUGCCCAAGAGCCAGGCGCCUCCCGGGCUGGAGAAGGGCAUGGUUGUGCAGCUGACCAAUGGCAUGCAGGCGGUGGUGGCUGCGGUGGACGAGGAGUCGGUGACCAUCGAUGCCAACCACCCGCUGGCUGGCAAGGCGCUGAUGUUUGAUGUCCAGCUC